GAUUAGCACAAAACCCCAUUAGAAACCAACUCCCAAUUAUUAAUUGACGUAUUCCCUAAAAAAAUAAGAAAAAACAUAUGAAACCAAUUUCGUUAAAAGAAAAAAUAAAGGUCAAAAUCACAUAGUCGCAAUACUUAAAAUCGAAAAUGCAAUUAAGCUGAUAUUUUAAUUACGUUUAAACGGGUUGACGACCCAAUCACAUAACAGCCCUAUAAUCUGUCACAAGCGCUCGCGCAUGCUUAACAGCUAUUAUUAUUUCAGUCAUAUAAAACCAGCACAAUUCUUCAAACCCUAACAAUUUACACUGAACUUCCGCAAACAAAAGCCGUAACAAUUUACACCACCACCGAUGGCGCCACCAUCGGGGGAUUUUGCGUCGGAACCACCAAAACGGAGAGGUCGACCGCGGAAACCGAGAAGAAAAGGGAAAGAAACUGUAACCGUUGAAUUGAAGAAGCCGAUUGUAUUGAUUGGACGAUGUGUUUUGAAAGAGUUUUCAGAAACCGUUCAAAUCGGAAAAGUUAUGAGUUAUGAAAUCGGUUUUUACAGAGUGGAGUAUGAGAACGGUGUUUUUGAGGAUUUGGAUAGUAGCGCUAUUCGUAGAAUUCUCAUUGAGGAUUGCGAUUUCGACGAUGAUUUGAUUCGAAGAAAGAAUGAAUUGGAACAAUCGUUGUUGAAUAAGAUUAUUGAAGAAUCUAGAGAAUUGAAUGCGGAAGAUCAAGAGGAUUCACGAGAUGUUAUGGACGAUGAUUCUAGGGAUUUGUGUUCGGAUGCUGAGAUACCGGUUGAAUUGCUGGUGGCAUCAGAAUUGUCGCCGCCUUUGGAGUUACCGCCGUCUUCAGGAACUAUUGGUGUGCCGGAGAAGUAUGUUUCGUACUUGUUUUCGGUAUAUGGAUUCUUACGAUCAUUCAGUAUUCGAUUGUUUCUUUAUCCGUUUAGUUUGGAUGAUUUCGUCGGGGCUCUUAACUGUCGAGUUCCAAAUACGUUGGUUGAUGCUGUUCAUAAUUCUUUAAUGCGUGCUCUGAGACGUCAUCUUGAACAUCUUGCAUCUGAGGGAUCAACGGUUGCAUCUCAAUGCCUUAGGUGCAGUGAAUGGAGCUUGCUUGAUACAUUGACUUGGCCUGUUUUCUUAAUUGAAUAUUUAGCAGUUAAUGGAUACAUUAAGGGGUCUGAGUGGAAUGGAUUCUACAACGAGAUUUUUAACGGCGAUUAUUACUCAUUGCCUGCAAGUAGGAAGUUAGUAAUAUUGCAAAUUCUUUGCGAGAAUGUUUUGGAGUCUGAGGAGCUUAAAGCUGAAAUGAACAUGCGUAAAGCGUCGGAGCUCGGGAAGAAUUAUGAUGCUGAGGACAGUCCUAUUGCUGAAAAUGGACCUAAAAGAGUCCAUCGACGAUAUGCCAAAACUACCAAUUGCCAGGAUGAAGAACCCACAAAGUUUGUUUCAAAAUUAGAUGCUGUGAACUUACCUGCUAAUUCUGAGGACGAGGUUGACAAGAAUGGUGAUGAAUGUCGCCUCUGUGGCAUGGAUGGGACCUUGCUUUGUUGUGAUGGAUGUCCCGCUGCUUAUCAUUCAAGGUGUAUUGGUGUGUAUAAGAUGUAUAUACCAGAAGGGCCAUGGCAUUGUCCAGAAUGCAAAAUAAAUAUGAUUGGGCCAACAAUUGCACCUGGAACAUCUCUUAAAGGGGCUGAAACAUUUGGUAAUGAUUUGUACGGGCAGCUUUUCAUUGGUACUUGCGACCACUUACUUGUGCUAAAUGUCAACAGUGCCGAGUUUUGUCAUAAGUACUACAAUCAGAAUGACGUUCGUAAAGUUAUUCAAGUGCUUUAUGAUUCUGUGCAACAUAGACCUUUGUACUCCAGUAUUUGCAUGGCAGUGUUACAAUACUGGAAUAUUCCAGAAAGCUCUUCACACCUAUGUGUUCCAAACGGAAAUAUCACUAGUGAUUUUGUGUAUAUGGGUUGCUCCUAUAAACCUCAGUCAUACAUUAAUAAAUAUAUGAAUGGUGAUUUUGCUGCAUCUGCUGCUGCUAAAUUGGCCAUUCUUUCUUCAGAGGAUUCUAGAUCAGAGGGUCAUGUGUCUGACUUGAAGAAAGCUACACCUGACAACCCUUCCUUGGUAGCAAAAGCAUUCUCACUAACAGCUUCACGCUUCUUUUGGCCAAAUUCUGACAAGAAGCUUGGGGAGGUUAUAAGAGAGAGGUGUUGCUGGUGCCUUUCUUGUAAAUCCUCUGUUUCGAGCAAGAAAGGGUGCAUGUUAAAUCAUGCUGCUAUAACUGCUACCAAAAGCGCCGCCAAAAUACUUUCCGGUCUUGCUCCUGUAAGGAGUGGAGAAGGAAUUAGCCCUAGCAUUUCAGCGUAUGUCAUAUAUUUGGAGGAAAGCUUAAAUGGUUUAGUAGAUGGGCCCUUUCGUAGUGAAAACUGUAGAAAGCUAUGGCGUAAACAAAUGGAAAGGGUCACUUCAUUUAGUAACAUAAAGUCACUUUUACUCAAACUUGAGGAGAACAUUCGCACAAUCGCUUUUUCUGGUGACUGGGUGAAUCCCACGGAUGAGUGGUUGGUUGAAUCUCUCACAAUCCACAGUGAUGCAUCUACUCUUGGAACAACACAGGAACGUGCAUCAUGCGGCAGAUGUAGAAAACAAUUACCUAUCAAAUAUACAGCCAACAAAUGCCGUGAAAACUUUGGCUGGUUGAAUGACAAAUUUACCAAAUCUGUAUUUCAGAAAGCUGCAUUGCCAAAAUUCAUGGUCAGAAAAGCAGCUAGGCAAGGAGGUUUGAGGAAAAUUUUGGGCAUUGUCUAUCCUGAUGUCUCUGAAAUUCCUAAAAGAAGCCGACAGCUGGUUUGGAGAGCUGCAGUUGAAAUGAGUAGAAAUGCAUCACAGCUUGCACUUCAGGUUCGAUAUCUGGAUUUUUACAUCAGAUGGAUUGAUCUGAUUCGGCCGGAGUAUAACCUCCAGGAUGGAAAAGGUCAAGAUACUGAAGUUUCUGCUUUUAGAAAUGCAAAUAUUUAUGACAAAAAGUUUGCAAAGGGGAAAACAUCCUAUGCCAUAGCUUUUGGGAGCCAAAAGAUUAUUCCUUCUCGGGUAAGGAAGAUCGCUGAAAUAGAAGAAGUGCCAGAAGGAGAGAAGUUAUGGUUUUCUGAAAAACGCAUUCCUUUAUAUCUGGUAAAAGAGUAUGAAGUAAGAAACAAAAAAGAGCCAUCUCAUAAAGAUAACUUGAAUAUCGCAUCUCAAUGGCACAAAAAGCGGUUGAAUGCUAUCUGGAAGGACAUAUUUUCUUACCUCACGUGCAAGAGAGACAAUUUGGAACUGUUAUCAUGUUCCGUAUGUGAGCAGUGUGUUUCAUUUAGGAGUGCUCUCAAGUGCAGUGUAUGUCAAGGUCAUUGUCACGAGGGCUGUUUAAUAGAUUCAACAUUCUCUACCUAUACAAAUAUUGAGUUCUUGACCACAUGCAAACAAUGUUAUCAAAAAGAGACCGUUAACAAAUCUUCAAACAGUACCUUACUUUUAAAUGGGGGCUCUUUGACAAUUUUGAUGGAACCAGUGCCUAAAUGUGAUGAUCAAAUACCGAGAUCUACCAGGGAAAAUGAUUGUCGUCCCGACAUGAAAAAAGUUGCUUCCCAUUCCCCUCUUGAAACAAAAAGCAGUGGCAAAAAAUCCUCUUGGGGUAUUGUAUGGAAAAAGAAUAACAAUGAAAAUACAGGCAUUGAUUUCAGGCUAAAGAAAGUACUUCUGAAGGGACGUUCAAGCUUGCCUCAAUUUGAACCUGUUUGUCACUUGUGCCAUAAGCGAUAUAGAUCUGAUCUAAUGUAUAUAGGCUGUGAAACAUGUACCCGGUGGUAUCAUGCUGAAGCUCUUGAACUUGAAGAGUCCAAAAUAUUUUCUGUGCUGGGCUUCAAAUGUUGCAGAUGUCGGAAGAUAAAGUCACCCGUGUGUCCUUACUCUGAUUUGGUGUGCAAGGAGCAAGUUGGAGAGCAGUCAGGCUCACGGGCUUCCAAGAGGAAGCAUUCUGGAGCAGGUUCUAGUUCUGAAAUACUGGCUGACAUUAGAGCAUGUGAGCCUGUUAAUCCGGUUUUUCCCUCAGAGGCUGUUUCUAAACAAGAGAACAACCCUUUUCCGUAUUCUCUUUCAAAUGUUGAACUGAUUACAGAACCCCAGUUAGAGUUAGAUGCAGAGAAGUCACACUCACAGGCUUCCAAGAAGAACCAUUCUGGAGAAGAUUUUGGUUCUGAAACACUGACUGACACAAGAGAAAAUGAGUUUCCUGCUGAGGAUGUUUCUAUACCAGAGAACAAUCCUCCACCGUUUCCUUUUUCAGAUGCUGAACUGAUUACAGAACCCGAGUUAGAUGCAGGCAUUGAGCGUAACACCAUCUCUGGGUCAGGGCUUCAGAAAAUACCAACGACGAGGCAUUUUAAACCUGAGGGGGACAAUAAUAGCUCUUCUGGGGGUGAAGUUCGGCAUGCUGAAAUUUCAACACGGGAUGAAAUGGGUAAUAUGCCCGCAGAGUUUUUAUCACCUUUCGUAGAACAUGACUUUGUCUUCGCUGACUACAAUCUUCUGAGUGACUUUGAAAGUGUUGAUAAUGAAUUCAUUGACAUCGAAUCAGAAACUCACCUCUCUUCUGCUGAACUUUUGCAUCUAGAUAGCAGUAGUCACUUUGAGGAAGCUGACUUGUUUGUGGACUUGUCAGGGUUUGUAAAUAAUUCUUGCACACUAGGUGUUCCUGAAGAAUGUGCAACUACUAGUUUACAGAACAACCUGAGACCUACAACUUCAUCAAAUGUUCACAAUUGUUGGCAAUGUUCACAAACAGAACCAGCCCCCGAUCUCUCUUGUCAGAUUUGUCGGAUGUGGAUUCAUAGCAAGUGCUCACCCUGGAUGGAAUCAUCAUCUAGGCUUGGAGAGUGGAAGUGCGGGAAUUGCAGGGAAUGGCAAUAACUAGAAAACUCAGUACUUUUGUACUAUUUUCUUUUCUUACAAAAAAUAAUGCUCAUAAUUUGAUAUGUUUUUUUUCCUUUCCCAAAAUGCAUACAAUAUAUUCGAGUUUAGGGUGAA